CACGCCCGGCGCGGGCCGGUAGGAAGCUCCGGGGCGCAGCCUGCUCCGCCCGGCUGGAGCGGCGGGGCUGCGCGGCCCCUCGGCGUGCGCUCGGCCCAGCGGGUGAGGCAGCGCCGCCGGCCGUUGCUGGUGGGCGGGCCGGAGCAGGAUUGGCGCGCGGGAAAGCGCCGGGCGCUCGGGGGCGGGCCUGUACCCGAACCCGGCCGGCCUUCUGGCUGCUCCGUGUCGCGGUCCGAGCCGAGACCCUGCCCACCCCAACGCGGCGCCACCACCAUCCCGGGCCCUCCGGCUCGAGCCUCAUGGCCGCUAAGAAAUUGGUGGUGGUUUUUGGAGCCACAGGUGCCCAGGGGGGCUCAGUGGCCCGCACGCUUCUGGAAGAUGGGACGUUCAGGGUUCGAGUGGUGACCCGGGACCCUGGGCAGAGGGCAGCAGGGAAGCUGAGGCUGCAAGGUGCUGAAGUAAUGAAGGGAGAUCAGGAUGAUGAGGCCAGUAUGGAGCUGGCCCUGACCGGGGCUCACGCCGCCUUCAUUGUGACCAACUACUGGGAGAACUGCAGCCAGGCGCAGGAGGUCAAGCAGGGAAAGCUACUGGCUGAUCUGGCCAAGCGCCUGGGCCUUCGCUAUGUAGUCUACAGUGGCCUGGAGAACAUCAGGAAACUGACGGCUGGGAGGCUGGCAGCAGGCCACUUUGACGGCAAAGGGGAGGUGGAGGAAUAUUUCCGAGACAUCGGCGUUCCCAUGACCAGUGUGCGGCUGCCCUGCUAUUUUGAGAACCUCCUCUCCUUCUUUCUGCCCCAGAAAGCCCCAGAUGGGAAGAGCUAUCUUCUAAACUUGCCCAUGGGUGACAUCCCCAUGGACGGUAUGGCUGUGAGUGACCUGGGUCCUGUGGUGCUCAGCCUGCUUAAGAUGCCAGAAGCAUACGUCGGGCAGAACAUUGGACUCAGCACCUGCCGGCACACCGCAGAGGAGUAUGCCGCCCUGCUCACCAAGCACACGGGCAAGACUGUGCACCAUGCUAAGACCACUCCUGAGGACUAUGAGAAGCUUGGCUUUCCUGGGGCCCGUGACCUGGCCAACAUGUUCCGUUUCUAUGCUCUGAAACCUGAACGAAAUAUCGAACUGACCCUGCAGCUCAACCCCAAGGCCCAGACGCUGGAUCAGUGGCUGGAGCAGCACAAAGGGGACUUCACCCAGCUGUGACCUGCCCACUUCACAGCCCCGAGUCAUGGGAUGGAAGGCCCAGAGGCACAGUCAUUUCUUGAGCACAAAGUAUUUUUUUCAAUAAAACCAUUGUUUUCACAGAUGGCUUCCAAAAGAAAAGGGCUUUGUUUCUGGGACAUGGGUUUGGGUAAUAGACGCUAGGACACCAACAGCAUGAAAUUUCUAGCAGGAUGCAUCAAAUGGCUAGGGUUGAGGCCCAGUCUCCCUACCCCUGAAAU